AUGAAUUCUGAUUACGCGUGUCAUGAUACUAUUUCGUGUGAACUACGUGCCAAUUUAAAAACCGUUAGUGAACAAAGAGAAGAACGUUUAUCUAAUCAACAACAAUAUACAAAUUAUGCUCGUCAAGUAUUUUUUAGUGCAUUGUACACAGAAAAUUAUGUACUUGGUGCAUUGAUACUCGGUUAUUCCAUUCGAAAAUAUCAUCCGAACCAUUUAAUGUACAUGAUGUAUUUGGAUGAUAAAAUUAAAAAUAAUACAUUGAUGGCGUUGAAAGAAGUUGGUUGGUUAGUACUGCCAGUGGCGAGAAUAGAACCACCGUUAAAAGGAACACACAAACGCUUUAUAGAUCAAUUUACAAAAUUAACACUAUGGAGUUUUACACAAUAUGAUUCAAUCAUCUAUUUAGAUAGCGAUACUGUGGUUAUGAAUGAUAUUAGCCAUCUGCAUCAUUUAGUUUCGAAUCCAUUCAGAACCGGAUUUGAAUUUGCUGCUGCUACUGAUAAUUGGUUCGGUACAUACAUAUAUAAAUUUAAUGCCGGUGUAAUAGUUUUACAUCCUAGCAAAUUAGUCUACAAUGAACUGAUGCGUGUCUAUAAUAUACCGGACAAUUAUAAUCCUAUAAUGGCUGAACAAGAAUUUUUAAAUCAAUAUUUUCGAUUGCGAUAUCUGGAAUUACCCACAAUAUACAACAUGAAUAUGGCUGUUUACAGUUCAUACAAAAAUUUAUGGUACAAAUUAAGACCGGAUUUUAAAGUUGUGCACUACACCAUAUUCAAACCAUUUUUAGGCAAAUACCAACGAGGUUAUGAUGGACCGUAUGAAUUAUACAAAGAAAUUUGGCAGGACUUUACUUCACAUGUUGAUAUUAACAGAAUUAAAACAAAAUGGAAUUUAAGAUGGUGA